GAGCGGUUACAUGACCUAAAAUAGAACUGACAGAGAACCCCGAGAAGAGAACGUCACUCGUUUCUGAAGACAACUACAAACUUACUUUGGCUCAAAAUCGCUCCUUAAUUUCAUUCAUUUGCCUCUUUGAUCAUGUCAGCACCGAGUACUGUCGCCGUUCCAAAACUUGACUCUGAGAAUGCUGUUCGCGAAGCUUUAAGUCUAAUGAAACAUCUCGAUAAAGGCGAGCUGCAAGAAAUCAUGGACAGCGAAGAGAACUUGGACAAUAUUUUGAGGGAUCUAGAGGAGAUAAAGAAAAUAGAAGUGAACCGGGAGAUGUUAACGGCAAGUAACCGUAGCUUAGCAGAGUUUAACCUGAAGAUUGAGCCCCAGUUGAACCAAGGGCGGCAGCAACUGAUUGAGGCACAUGAGCGCAGGGAGAUGCUACAAGCUCAGUUUCAAAGUAACAAGGCAAAACUUGAUACACUCUCUGAUCAGUAUUCCAGCGAUACGACAACAGCUCUUUUACAAACUGCUGUUGCACAAGCGGAGGAGGAUUCUGAGAAAACUGUUGACACAUUUCUUGAUGGUAAAAUGUCAAUGGAGGAUUUCAUACAGACAUUUAUGCCUCAAAAGGCGCUCCAUCAUCUACGCAGAGUGAAAGCUGAGAAACUCACUGAACUCUUACAGCAACGGCGCUCUGGCCAGUGCUCUUACAAGUUCUAGAAUCUUUGAUUGAAACAUAGAUGCCUGCUUUGAUUUAUAGAGGCAGUAGUGUAAUGUUGAAAUUUAGCUCACAAAGGCCCCCAGCCUUGUGAUGUAACUAGAAGGAUCAGGAAUAUUAGAAACAAAUUGAGAAGUAAAGUAUUCGCAUAAAACAGUUUCUUGAAUUUGAAGCACUUUUGCCCUGAGAUAAUAAUGGAGACAAUUUUACAAUUUUAGGAGCAAAAUCUUACAUACAUGAAGCUUAUCUUUUGUAUAUAAUCACAUUUAUGAUGUUUAAAUAAUGAAGUUUUUUGGGGUUUCUUAAUUCUAGCGUUUUCUGUCUGUUUUGUGUAUCAGUUCUUAAAGUUUCUUCUGCUGUAAAUUGUGCUAGGAUAGACAGAUUAAGACACCAUAUGCAUAUGCUAGGAUAGACAGAUAGAGACACCAUAUGCAUAAAUAAAACUUACUAUCUAUA